AUGGACAAGCCUGAGAAAUGCCCAGACCAGCCAACACGUAUGGUAGGGUCCUUCCGUCUUGUCUCUUGCCAUGCCAAGUUUAUGGACUGGCAGGGUGCAUCGUCGUUGAAUCGCAGAGUCCAAGCUGCCAGCUCUGCUUGUGCUCCAUCGCCAGCCUGCGCGAGGAAGGUCAAGGUUGGCGCGAUGAAUCACCACUUCCAAUACCCCAAUCGGAUGGGAAGGAUGCGUUCACUUUACAGGUCCGAGCAUUUGACAUCACUUGUAGCAACGUGA